GAGACUGGUCAGCACUGCGCAUGCCCGAGAUAGGAGAGACAAGGGUGUGGAACCGCGGCACGCGCACAGAAGGGGGCAGCCGUGUGGUGGUUUUAAUCAGUGAUUGGAUUCAAUAUUUAGAUCUCAUGAGGUGUAAUGGUUCCAUAUCCUCAGUGUGGUAUGGCAUGCAAUAUCGCCAUUCGUUUAUACCGAGGAGCCAAAGAAUGAAUUUACAUGUAGUGAGGACUUACUGCUCACCAGUACCUAAGAGACCUGAGACUAAGACUGCAAUGGAAAUGGCCAUGAUACUUUUUCAUCGGAUGACAGACAUAGGGAAAGGUUUUGGAAGAAACUCCCUCAAAAGAAUCUCUACAACAGUCAAAAGUUGGUGGGAUAGAUAUGAAGAGUUUGUUGGUCUUAAUGAAGUUCGAGAUGCUCAAGGAAAAGUGACAGAGGCUGAAAAAGUGUUUAUGGUAGCUCGAGGGAUCGUACGAGAAGCUCGUGAGAGCUUAGAAGCCCAUCAAAUCAAACUGAAGGAAGUUCGCGAUCGUUUGGAUCGAGUAUCCCGGGAAGACACCCAGUACUUAGAACUGGCUACCCUGGAACACAGAUUGCUGCAGAGCAUCCCAAUGCCAGAGGGGAAGGAACUCACUGGUAUCAGAUUUUUUUUUUCUCUGAAGGCCUCACAAUCAUUCAUCUGCAUUCAGCUCAGACUGGUGGAAGAGAAGAGGUACCGAACUGCCUAUUUAAGUGCAGAGGAAUCUGAGCGGGAAAAAUUCUCUCUCUUCUCUGCAGCUGUGAGGGAAAGCCAUGAAAAAGAGAGAACAAGAGCAGAAAAAACAAAGAACUGGUCCAUUAUUGGUUCUGUACUGGGAGCUAUUAUCGGUGUCCUUGGUUCCACCUAUAUCAACCGAGUAAGGCUGCAAGAAUUAAAAGCCUUAGUUCUUGAAGCACAGAAGGGACCGAUAAGCUUACAGGAGGCCAUCAAAGAACAGGCGUCCCACCACUACAUACAACAGAAGGAUCUCAGUGACCUCAUUGUGACCCUGAGGAACAUGUUGGAAGCUGGGACUGGGACAGAAGGCACAAGUGCAUCAUUAAAAACAGACCCUCUUUUAGUUUCUUUAAAAGAACAUCUAAACUACUCUAAACAGGUCAGUUCCUGCAUGGGGAGUUUACAGCAGCAGCUUAGCACCCUGGAAGAAAGUUUAGGACAAAUUACUGCUGAGGUACAAAAUGUUAAACAUGCAGUUCAUUCUAGACCUGUGGAAAGAGUGGUGCUUGGCUCUUCAGCUGAAGUAAAAGGCCAGGCCUUAGCCGUGCAGGAUGUGAUUCUAGAAUUGUGUGAUGCAGAGCGGAGACUGGAAACGCAAAUCAAGAGAAAUUCAAUCUUCAGCACUGCACUAACAUGCGCUGUGUUUGCUGUUACUCUUCCUAUGUUAUACCUUUUAUUGAAAGGAAAUUAGUCUCCAGGGUGAGAAACAUAAUUUACUAGGUUAAUAAAAUUACAUUUGCACCCUAAACACUGGGAGUUAGUACCAGUCAAAAAAUCUGUAUUAACAGUUUCUAAUCUUGUUUUCUCCAUAAUUCAUAGAAAUGGAAAAUACAUUUGAACAUUUGGUCCUUCCCCCCUCGGCAGGCUUACUUUUUGCAGUAUUUUUUUUUCCUCUAGUGAUUUGUACAGUCGAGUUUAAAUGUCUCAAGCAAUGAGAGUUCCACAACUUCAUUUUGGUAGAUCCUUCUGCAAUUGUCUUUUCUAGUUUAUUCUGCAGUCUUGUAGAGCUUACUCUGAGAGACUGUUCCUCAUGCUCAGGUUUUUUUUUUUUUUUUUAACUUUUCAUUAUUUGUGUUUAUACUCUUUGGCUUCCAUAUAUAAUUCUCCCCCAUUCAAGCUUAUUACUUAUCCUAUUGAUUUUUCAAUUUGUCCAUACCCAAAACUCUGCUGGACAAUUUACCAAACAAAUAAAAUUUCUACCAUGAAGAUUAUCUAAAUUUUUAAAUAGGGUACAGUGAGUGGAAGUGACAAACAAUAGGGAUAGGAUGUCUAAGGAAGGAUGAAGGUUACAGUAAUAUGAUCUUGUGAUUACCCAUUCAGGGUGUGUACACAGCUUGAGGAUGCAAUUAAAAUAUUUUUGGUAACUUA